AUGCAUAGGAUUAAUUCAAUCCCAAUCUCAUCAGUACAUAGAAUCACCUCAAAACCUUCUACAAGUUCUCUUAGAAGUACUACUACUCAACUUCAUCAUUAUCAAACUUAUCAUCAUCAACAAAGAUCAUUAGCUACUGCUGCUUCUCAAGAUGUCUUACGAAAAUCACCUUCACCAGUUGAUGCAUUCAUUAACUCAAACAAUAGUUAUUAUAUAGAAGAAAUGUAUCGUACUUGGAAAAAAGAACCAGAUUCAGUUCAUCCAUCUUGGCGUGCAUAUUUCAAUGGAAUCAAGAACGGUUUACCAUCCGAAAAAGCUUUUAUACCUCCACCUGGUUUAGUUUCUAUGCCAAAUCCUGCUGGUGGUGCUCCAAUGUUAUCACUUUCAGGUCAAGGUGGUGAAUUAGAAGAUCAUAUGAAAAUUCAAUUAUUGGUCAGAGCUUAUCAAGUUAGAGGUCAUCAUAUGGCUUCAUUAGAUCCCUUGGGAAUUCAUGCUGCCGAUCUCGAAUCUCGUCCUCCACCCGAAUUAGAUUUAAAACAUUAUGGAUUUGAUGAACACACUGAUUCGAAUAAAGAGUUUCGAUUAGGUCCUGGUAUCUUACCUUUAUUUCAUACUGAAGGUCGCGAGAAGAUGACAUUGAAAGAGAUUGUAGAUGCUUGUAAACGAAUCUAUUGUAGUCAUAUUGGAUUACAAUAUGUACAUUUACCUGAUCGAACAGAAUGUGAUUGGAUAAGAGAACGAGUCGAAUUACCAGUGCCAUGGAGUUAUUCAUUAGAAGAAAAACGAAUGAUAUUAGAUCGAUUGAUCUGGUCCGAUUCCUUCGAACGAUUCGUCGCAUCUAAACAUCCUAAUGAAAAACGUUUUGGUCUUGAAGGUGGUGAAAGUUUGAUUCCCGGUAUGAAAGCUUUAAUCGAUCGAUCAGUGGAUGCAGGCGUGAAGAGUAUUGUGAUUGGAAUGCCACAUCGUGGUAGAUUAAACGUUUUGUCUAACGUGGUUCGGAAACCUAUGGAAGCUAUCUUCAAUGAAUUUGCUGGUUCGGCUGAUGCUUCGGAAGAUGGUGGUGGUGAUGUGAAGUAUCAUUUAGGUGCAAAUUAUGUUAGACCGACUCCUUCGGGUAAAAAAGUCGCUCUUUCUCUUGUUGCGAAUCCUUCUCAUCUUGAAGCAGAAGAUCCAGUCGUACUUGGUAAAACCAAAGCAUUACAACAUUUCGAUGGUCAAGGUUCAACCGAUCAUGCUAUGGGUAUUCUUCUACAUGGUGAUGCGGCUUUCGCUGGACAAGGGGUGGUUUAUGAAACCAUGGGAUUUCACGAUCUUCCCAACUUUGGAACCGGUGGAACAGUUCAUUUAGUGAUCAACAAUCAGAUCGGUUUCACUACUGACCCUCGUCAAGGUCGUUCGACUCCAUACCCUUCUGAUAUCGCUAAAUCCAUCGAUGCUCCAAUCUUCCAUGUUAAUGGUGACGAUGCCGAAGCGGUCACAUUUGUCUGUCAACUGGCAGCAGACUGGAGAGCUACGUUCAAGAAGGAUGUCGUAGUGGAUAUCGUCUGUUACCGUCGUCAUGGUCAUAACGAAACCGAUCAACCUAGCUUUACGCAACCUAAGAUGUAUCAAGCCAUAGCCAAUCAACCCUCUACGCUGAAAAUCUAUUCAGAAAAUCUUGUUAAAGAAGGUUCCUUUACCGAACAAGAAAUCGAGAAACAUAAAGAAUGGGUAUGGGGUAUGAUGGAAAAAGCUUACCAAGGUAGUAAAGAUUAUACACCAACUUCAAGAGAAUGGUUAUCAAGUUCAUGGGAUGGAUUCCCAUCACCCAAAGAACUGAAAGAAAACAUUUUAGAAGCCAGACCUACAGGUGUAUCAACCGAAAGAUUAUUAAAGAUUGGAGAAAAGAUCUCAGGUGGAUGGCCAUCUAAAUUUGAAGUACAUAAGAAUUUAUCCCGAAUCUUAAAGAAUCGAGGUAAAACGAUUUCAGAAGGAAAAGAGAUUGAUUGGUCAACGGCCGAAGCACUUGCAUUCGGAUCACUUUUGAUGGAAGGAAAUCAUGUGAGAGUAUCAGGUCAAGAUGUAGAAAGAGGAACCUUUUCUCAACGUCAUGCAGUUUUACAUGAUCAACAAACCAAUGAAACUUAUAUUCCUUUAAGUAAUUUAGAACAGGAUGGUGAAAAUCAAGUAGGGCCAUUUACGAUUUGUAAUUCAUCUUUAUCUGAAUUUGGAGCCUUAGGAUUCGAACUUGGGUAUUCGUUAGUUGAUCCACAUUUAUUAACGAUUUGGGAAGCCCAAUUUGGUGAUUUUGCAAAUAAUGCUCAAUGUAUCAUUGAUCAAUUCAUUUGUUCAGGUGAACGAAAAUGGUUUCAACGUACUGGUUUGGUCAUGUCACUUCCACAUGGAUAUGAUGGACAAGGACCAGAACAUUCGAGUGCAAGGAUUGAAAGGUUUUUACAACUUUGUGAUGAUCAUCCCUAUAAAGUACCCACACCAGAAAAAUCACAAAGAGCACACCAAGAUUGUAAUAUGCAAUUAGUUUAUUGUACAACACCAUCAAAUUAUUUUCAUGUGUUAAGACGACAGAUCCAUCGAGAUUUUAGAAAACCAUUGAUCGUGUUCUUUUCAAAAGCUUUAUUGAGACAUCCAAUGGCUAAAUCGAAUUUGAAUGAAAUGGAAAUCGGAACAUUCUUUCAACCUUUCUUGUUGGAAGAAGGAUAUGAUGGAAUGGUUGAAAAAGAUUUGAUUAAACGACAUAUCUUUUGCUCUGGACAAGUUUAUUAUACUUUAGUUCAAGAACGUGAAAAGAGAAAGAUUAAUAAUAUUGCGAUUUCAAGAAUCGAACAACUUUCACCUGUACCUUAUACUGAGAUCUUAAACUCCUUCUCGACUUUUCCAAAUGCUGAGAUUAUGUAUUGUCAAGAAGAACCUAUCAAUGGUGGAGCGUUUUCAUAUCUUGCACCUAGAUUAGAAACUGCUAUGGAACAAACUGAAACUCAUCGAGGUCAAAAGGUUUUGUAUGCUGGUAGACCACCUUAUGCAUCUGUUGCGACUGGUAGUAAGAAGAUUCAUCAACAUGAAAUUAAUCAAUUCUUGGAUCAAGCUUUGAAGUUGGAUGAAUAGAUUUUCAAUCAGUCAAAUUAGUUGAUCUUGAUUUUUUUUUUCAAGAGGAAAGAUAUAUAGAUAGAAAGAUGUGUUUUGUUUGAGGGGCCGAGGGAGAUGAAAAGACAAAAAAAAAAUUGAGAAAAGUAAAAGAAGUAAAUUUGAUUUGAUAAAUGUGCAAAGGUUGUGAUUUUUUUUUUUUUCAAAAAGGUUUUGAUUGUAUUUGAGUUUUUCUUUUCAUUUUGGUUUUUGGUUUUCCUUCUCAUUUAUUUCAUUUUAUUUCUUACUUUUACUUUGGUUUGAUCAUUCUUUUUUCUUUUCUUUUUCUUUUCUUUUUGUGGUUUAUAAUAAAUAAAUAAAUACAUCUAUAUAUAUUAAGAAGAGUAGUGGUGAAUGUGAUGAUUCAUUAAGAAAGAAAAAUGAAUGGAAUAUAUAUGGUUUUAUUCAAAGAAUU